AUGUCCUCCUUCGGGACCCUGCUCAAAGUGUCCACCUUCGGGGAGUCCCACGGCGCUGCUGUCGGCUGCAGCAUCGAAGGCCUCCCCGCGGGGCUGCCGGUGUGUCUGCGCUGCGUGCAGCAGCAGCUGCAGCGGCGGCGGCCAGGAGCAGCAGCAGCAGGUUGCUGCAGCAGCAGCAGAAACGAACCCGACGCAGCAGAAAUCCUCAGCGGGGUGCAGCACGGCCUCACGCUGGGCUCUCCGGUGGCUCUUCUGAUUCGCAACAAAGACAUUCGUCCCCACGACUACGACAACCUUGGCUUUGCUGCUGCUGCUGCUGCUGCUGCUGCUGCAGCACCUGCUGCUGCUGCUGCUGCUGCUGCAGCGGGAGCGCCGGGCAGCGCCGCUGCUGCUGCUGCGGAAGCAGCAGCACAAACAGCUGCUGCUGCAGACGGACAGGACUCCAGCGACGCCGCAGCAGGCCCUGCUGCUGCGGAGCCUCCUGCUGCAGCAGCAGCAGCAGCAGGAGCAGCAGCAGGGAUCCCGCGCCCGGGGCAUGCAGACUGGACUUAUUUGCUGAAAUACGGAAUCACCUGCAGCAGCGGGGGAGGCCGCAGCAGCGCGAGAGAAACAGCAGCAAGAGUAGCAGCAGCAGCAAUUGUUGAGUCUUCAUUUUUGCGGCAAGUUUGUGAUGUUUCCGUUGCUGCUUUUGUGAGUUCUUUGGGCCCCGUUGCUGUUCCUGCUGCUGCGCUGCAGCAGCUGCUGCUGCAGCCUCCUGCUGCUGCUGCAGUCGAAGCAGCAGGAAGGGUUUUAUUUGACUUGGAAAAAAACCUCCUCUGCUGCAGCAGCGGCUGCUGCUUCCCGGGUGUACGUACACCUGCGCUGCUGCGCCUGCGACAGCAGCAGCAGCAACAGCAGCAGCAGCAGGAGCAGCACAGUGCCGCAGCAAAUCAAAAAGGGGAAAUGAAAGAAAAUGAAAUUAAAAACGAAACUAAAGAAACUUCAAAUUCGGAGUCUCAGGUGUACGUACACACCAGAUGCCCACACAUCCCCACUGCAGUCCAAAUGGCCCGGCUCCUCCUCGAGGUCAAAGCAGCAGGGGAUUCUGUGGGAGGCGCCGUUUGCUGCGUCAUUCAAAACCCUCCCCAAGGCCUUGGAGAGCCUGUGUUUGACAAGCUGCCAGCUUUGCUGGCGCAUGCGAUGUUUUCCAUUCCUGCAGUCAAGGCUUUCGAAAUGGGCGAGGGAUUUGCAGCAACAGAAGCCACAGGGCUGCAGCACAACGACUGCUUCGAGAGCAGCAGCAGCAGCAGCAGCAGCAGCAACAGCAGCAGCAGCAACAGCAACGACAGCAGCAUAAACAGCAACGAUAGCACCAACAGCAGCAGCAACAACAGCAGCAGCAACAGCAGCAGCAACAGCAGCAGCACCACUAGUAGCAGCAGCAGCAACAGCAGCAGCAGCGGCAGCAGCAGGAAUGUUUCGUUUUUGCAGCCUCGGGGGACCUUCGGGCCUUUUUGUGAACUUCACGAAAUGGAAAACGAAAAAGAAAAAAAAGAAAAAAAAGAAUUUUUUUUUAAAAUGAAAAAACUCCAAAAAAAAGCAAAUAAUAUAAAACCCAAAACUAACCACGCGGGAGGCACUCUGGGGGGCAUCACCACUGGUAAUAAAUAA